CCAGUAUCAGCAGAGGACCCACACACAAUCCUUUACAGUGGGAUUAUCAAGAUGUAUACGGAUGUUGAUUCCCUGGAAUUCUCAGCUCAUUGUUCAUUCGCCUAACUUCAUGUCAUUCAACCGACUUCAACAUAGACUUCCAGAUACCUGGAUUGCCUUCUGAAUAAGACCAUAUUCUGCCACCACACUCCACUUACAAGUAGUAAAGGACAACCACGCUCAGCAAAGAUGGUUUGCCGCCCAGGAAUAUCUUCGAUGUCCCUUGGCCGGUGCUAUGCCGGCCACUCCAUGGAGCACAAGCUCUCCAUGGCCGCAAAACACGGCCUCCAAGGCAUUGAGCUUUUCUACGAAGACCUCGCGGACCUCGCAGAACCCCCUACGCCCUCAAAUCUGCUCUCAGCCGCCGCCUAUGUCCGCUCGUUAUGCACAUCCCUGGGUCUCGGCAUCAUAUGCCUGCAGCCUUUCAUGCACUACGAAGGCCUGCUCGACCGGUCAAAACACGCAAAGCGCAUCGAAGAGAUACACCUCUGGAUCCAACUCGCUAAAGUCCUCGAUACAGACCUGAUACAAGUCCCAUCAACCUUCCUUGCAGCCGAAGAAAUCUCAGACGACGUCAAACUCAUCCUAUCGGACCUGCGCGAACUUGCAGAUAUCGGCCUCCAGCACUCUCCGCCCAUCAGAUUCGCCUACGAGAGUCUCUGCUGGGGCACGUACGUCGAUAAGUGGGAGCUAUGCUGGGACAUCGUGACGCGCGUCGACCGUCCCAACUUCGGCAUCUGCCUGGACAGCUUCAACAUUCUGGGUCGCAUAUAUGCGGAUCCCACGUCCCCAACAGGAUGCAACGCUGGCGCUGAGGAAGAGGUGCAGGCCUCGAUAAGAAGGCUUGUCCAGCAGAUUGGUCCGCACAAGGAGAAGAUCUUCUUCUUUCAGGUUGUCGACGCGGAGCGCCUUGAAAAGCCGUUGCUACCGGGCCAUGCAUUCUACAAUGCUGCGCAGCCCGCGCGCAUGUCGUGGAGUAGGAACUGUAGGCUCUUCUACGGUGAGACUGCGCACGGCGCGUAUCUGCCGGUCAGGGAUGUGGCGCAUGCCAUCAUCAAGGAGAUUGGAUUCGAGGGCUGGGUGAGCAUGGAGCUGUUCAAUCGGGCGAUGGAGCGGAAAGACGAGGGUGUUGUGGAGGAGCUGGCGAGUAGGGCGGGAGAGAGUUGGAGGAGGAUGGUUGUGGACUUGGGGAUGGAGGCUGAGGCUGAAGAAGUGAGAAAGAAGAGUAUCGUGCGGACGGACAGUGGGACCGAUAUCGUAGAGAGGGAGGCUGGGCUUGCGAGGUUGUAGGUUUUGCGCACACCGUUCCUUUGCAUUUCUGGCGUUAAGUAUGCUCUAUACGUGGCAUAUGAUAUCCCUUAGACUGAGGAAGCUUAUUCAAGAAGAAAUGCCUGUACCGAGGUUUGGACUUUCGGCGGUUCCGUACACGGCUGAUGAACAACACCUGGGCACUACAGACAACUGGCUAAAAGUACUCAUCUGCAG